AUGAGACUUUCCCCCCAACAUUCCGUGAACGCAGCACGAGAACGAGUUCUGUACGUAACGGUGCGUCUGACGUCAUCCUCCUUAGUAACCCUCAGCGGUGUUUCCAAGAGAGAAAGCAACAAGAUGGGUUUGUUGUCCAUCCUGCGCAAGCUGAAGAGCACACCAGACCAGGAGGUCAGGAUACUGCUGCUGGGUCUGGACAACGGCGGGAAGACCACUCUGCUCAAACAGCUGGCCUCCGAGGACAUCAGCCACAUCACCCCCACACAGGGAUUCAACAUUAAGAGCGUCCAGUCUCAGGGCUUUAAACUGAAUGUGUGGGACAUUGGGGGCCAGAGGAAGAUCAGGCCAUACUGGAGGAACUACUUUGAGAACACUGAUGUGUUGAUUUAUGUCAUUGACAGCGCUGACCGAAAGAGGUUUGAGGAAACAGGUCAGGAGCUGGCUGAAUUGUUGGACGAGGAGAAGUUGAGCGGUGUUCCUGUUCUUAUCUUUGCAAACAAACAGGAUCUGCUCACAGCUGCCCCUGCCUCUGAGAUCGCAGAGGGUCUUAAUCUGCACACCAUCCGGGAUCGCAUGUGGCAGAUCCAGUCCUGCUCCGCCCUCACUGGUGAGGGGAUUCAGGAGGGAAUGAAUUGGGUCUGCAAGAGCGUCAACUCCAAGAAAAAAUAGCUUUGCUUUUAGUCUUCUACUCCUUAGGAGGAACAGCAGCAGCAUACACUCACCUACACUGACACACAAUGCAACCUCCUGAGCCUUAGUACGAUGGAAUAUACCUGUGAAUGUAAACACACUACUAAUCCAACAUGGACUUGGAGUUUUUAACCCCCUGCAUUCCUGCAUUCCUGUUUCGCCAAUUUACUAAUGUCAUCGCAUCUUCCUACGCUGGCCUCUACAAAGAGGAGGGGCGCAUGCCAGGAAAUCAACCGCCUCCUCUUCUCCACGGUCCACCCACGUCACCGUCCCUUUCUCAACCACCAUCCACAGCCUGACUCAACCUCAAACAUUCCCAUUAAACUGCUGUCUUUCAUUGGAAUUACAGUUUAUUCUUUAAACUUUUACAAGCAUAUUUUGCGCCACCUCUUUCCUACAACUUUGUUGGGUUUUUUUUUUGUUUUUUUUUUUAAAUCAUUCCACAAUGGCUGUUCGCGCUUUUCCUGCUAUAGCUCUGUUUUGAAGUGAGGUAUAUUUUUGUAAUUGUUUUAUUUAUGGUAAAGUAGAUUUUAGAGUGCUUUUAAAACAACCAGUGUGGCGUGUGUGAUUUUUAAGGAUGUUGGAGAAUGGGUCUGACUCUCCCCACUACAGAAUAUAACUAGGUUACAUGUUAAUAUGUAUAAAAAAAAAAAAGAUGAAAUUAAAUGGUUUAGAGGAAAUGACAUUUUGGAUCAUCUGUAAAUAGAUCCCUGUCUAGGCCCUGUGUUCAUAUGUUAAUAUUAUGCACAUAUUAUAGAGUAUAUGUUACCCUGCUGUAUUUUGUAGUCUAUAAUGUAUGCAUAUUUAAUAUGUGCUGGCAGAGUUUGAACAGAGAGUGUGCUGUUUGUACUGUAUGUCCCAAUGCAUUUCUUUGUGCGCUUUUGGGGUCGUAAGAGAUUUCGCUAUUUAGGCAUUUCCUUUUCAUAUUCUUGAAUGUAACUUGUCCAGAAUUGAAGGUACUGUAUGUGAAUAAAAAUGUUUCCAAAA